AUGACCUCGAACAUUGAUCCUCGGGAAUUUCCGUCCAAUCUCCUACGUCUUUCCAAACAAGUCCUCGCUAGCAUCACAGGAACCCAACCUCCAGUCAACCAAACAUUCCUACUCAGUCCUACCCCCUCAGAAGAAAGCCUUCGCCCAGAUUCUCCUGUACUUCAACUUUUUUAUGGUAGAGAUACCUUGACAACUUCCAAUACAUCAUAUACAUCCACAUAUUCACUGUCCACUUCAACGGGUAGUACCCAAGAAAAUGAUCAAGUAACUUGGCGAUCUGUAGAUGCUAGAGUGAGCGACAUACUACCAGAUCAUAUGGAUCUCUAUGCUGAUGCUGAGCCGCAUAUACAACGGGAAAAUACUGAGACACCUGAUAGACGGCAUUAUCCCAUAACUGAGCAAGAACCAAUCUUUGGCCCAGAAGUUAAAACUAGGUUACAAAAUAUCAACGAGGACGACUUUCCAUACUAUCCUCUGCUCUCGCAAUCUUCGCUACCGGCAGCCUCUGCGCAUGAGGAAGCGAAGAUAUAUCCCAAUGAUGAUGCGCGACCAGCGGUAAGGAGGGGGAUAAGGGCAAUGAGGCUGAAAAAAUAUCUGAGAUGUGUGUUUCGAAAUUAUGGGAUUAAGAGGGCAUAA